CACGAACUGCGUCGUUCGUUGCUUUUUCCUCGUUCGAUUUCUUGUUCGUCUCGCGCACCGGCCGGCGUCGCCCUCUCCCCCUCGUUCCGUCGACAGUGGCCGGAGCAGGGAGGUGUUAAACCGGGCUAUUCUGAAGAAGGGCGCCUGCACAGUCUGGUGUCAUCAUGUCAUCACAGGUAUCCACAUCACAGGGUUUGAACCCCCACGCGACACUCGGGUCAUUCCGGACGUCACCAUCACAAGCAUCAUCUUGCCCUGUGACCCAAGCUGGCGCAUGCGGCUACGAAGUCGAGGAGGAGGAUGUUGAGCUGCUGUCAGUUAGUUGGAACCAGGAUCGUAGUUGCUUCAGUGCUGCCACAACCGAUGGCUUCAGGAUCUUCAGUUGCAAACCAUUCAAAGAGACCUUAAGGAGGGUUCAGGGGAACGGAGGGUUUCGAAUCAUGGAGAUGCUGUUCCGUUCCAACGUAUUUGGUGUUGUGGGUGAGGGAUCCGACAAGCGGUAUCCACAGAACAUUCUGACGAUCUAUGAUGAUCACAAGAGCAAUCUCAUUGGCGAAUUCUCGUUCAGGUCCGACAUCCGAGCCAUCAAAUUGUCGAGGAAAUACUUUGUGGUCGUUCUCGAGCACGAGAUAUCUGUUUACAGUUUUGCGGAUCAUAAGCUCAUCCAUCAGAUUGAGACCACGUCGAACCCGAAUGGACUGUGCUGCCUUUCGUGCCAUACAGACAAUUCAGUGAUGGCCUGCCCUGGAAUCAGCCAAGGGCUUGUUCGGGUUGACCAUUUUGGGUCGAAGGCUACAAAGCUUAUUACAGCUCAUCACUCCAACGUUUCAUGCAUGGCAAUGACCGUGGAUGGACUCCUUUUGGCAACAGCCAGUGUUAAGGGCACUUUGAUCAGAAUAUUCAACACGGUCGAUGGUACUUGUUUGCAAGAGGUGCGCAGAGGGGUAGAUAAAGCUGAGAUAUAUAGCAUUGCACUAUCACCAAACCUGCAGUGGUUGGCAGUCUCUAGUGACAAAGGAACAAUGCAUAUUUUCAGCUUGAGAGUGGGAGCUGGAGGGGAAGAUGCAAGUAAUGGGAAAUCUGCAAUUGGCGGUCGACAAAUAGAUCGCAGUAACUCAUCUGGUUCUGUUGAUCCAGUUUUACUAGCAAACACUGGAUCCAACGUGAGCUCAUCCUUGUCUUUCAUGAAAGGGAUUUUGCCAAAAUAUUUCAGUUCAGAAUGGUCAUUUGCUCAGUUCCGUUUACCAGAAGUCACACGCUAUAUUACAGCAUUUGGAGAUCAAGCCACUGUGAUGAUGAUCGGUCUGGAUGGCAGUUUCUACAGAUGCAGCUUUGACCCCGUAAACGGUGGGGAGAUGGUGCUUGAUGAAUACUUCCGGUUUCUGAAACCCCGCAAGUCCCGUUUGAGGACUCCAAGCAACUGAGCUUAAUGGAGAUCAUGUCAUUCUCUGACUACAUGUACAUAUAAGAUUUCACCAAGCCUAACAUGUAUAUAAAGUCGUGCUCUCUUUUGCUGCAUUCCACAUCGCAACAGGUUAAGGAUGCGUCAGUAUUCAGCGACAUGUCGUUCCUUCCAAAUUAGUUCCAGGUGUUCCACAGAUUGUGGUUUGUUUUAUUGUGAAAUCUUUCGGUGUCACAUUGCUAAGAAUGACCAAAUCGUUCGGUUUUGGGAACCAACAA